AUGAAGUAUUUGAUUUUCUACGGGUCCCAUCCCAAGAUAUUUGGGUACGCAGAGAACAUUGUGCCAACACUGAGCCUGGAUGACUUCAAGAGCCACUUCAGGCUUCAGAGGUCAUCAGUCGAGAAAUUGGUGGCUAUGUUGUCGAGGGACGCCCACUUUUCCAUGGGACGGCCUGAGAUAGAGCUGGGGAAGCAGGUCUUGGUCCUCCUCUGGUGCCUGGCCAACCUGGAGUGCUUCCGCUCUAUUGCGGACAGGUUUGGCAUGUCAAACUCUACAGCAUGCCGUAUUGUGCAUCGCACUGCGGUCGCUGUGAUGGGCCAUGCUGCAGCCUUUGUUACCUGGCCACAAGGAGAUGAUGCACGUCGCACAAUUGAAGGCUUCAGGACGAAUGCAGGAUUCCCGGGCACCAUUGGAGCUAUUGAUGGAUACCAUAUUGAGAUAAAGGCUCCAAAGAAAGACCACCUUUCCUACAUCAAUAGGAAAGGUGUUCAUUCUGUAAUUUUACAGGCCAUCUGUGAUGGUGAAGCAAAGUUUCUUCACUGUACAGCUGGAGAAGCUGGAUCCGUCCAUGAUGCGAGGGUGUACCGCCGCUCUGAUUUCUUUACGAACAUCAGUGCAGAGACAUUCCCUUUCGGGAGCCAUCUCGUCGGUGAUGCAGCCUACCCUCUGAGUGAAAAUCUCAUGACGCCAUAUAGGAAUACUGGGAACCUCACGCCACAGCAUGUGAAGUACAACAAAAAGCAUGCCAAGACCAGAGUGGCAAUCGAGAGGGCAUUCGGGCUUUCAAAAGGGCGCUUUAGGAGGCUCCUUUACCUCGAGACAAGGAAGCCAGACAUUAUUGUCUCACUCAUCACGUGCGCCUGCAUCUUGCACAACGCAUGUUUGAUGUGGGGUGACGACUUCGAAGUCGCUACUGUUGAUGAAGUGCCAGACAGUGCUGGCGAACUGUAUGAAGGAAGUGAGAGAAGUGGUGUAGCAAAACGAAACUACAUUAAGAGUAUCUUGUAA